CAACCUGAGGCUAAUAUCCCGUGACCCCGGCGUAUCACGUAUUGAAAGCAAAACGGCGAUACCGCUAGUCCAGACAGGGCCUAGCGUCGUCCGCCCGCAUGGCUGAGUCAGCGUCGUUUGUUUACCGCCCGCCGUCACUGCAGAAACGGAAUCCUUCACUCACUUCCAAGUUGUCCAGACGCUCUCCUGCACGACUUCUCGUUGGCUCAUUCCCCUCGUCUGUCUGUUUACUCGGCCAUGCGGGCUGCCCUCUGACAGGUUGCAGUCGUCUCCUUCUUCAAUCCCAUUGUCCGCUUUUGCUUCUUCCUCUCACACCCACCAUCCUGCCAUACGUGCUUUGUUUACUGUCCUCAGGAGUGGCUUCAUGAGUUGCAGUCACCAACUCCGACUCCCCUGCUUUCUCUGCUGUAAAUAGCUAGCCGACCUUGUAUCUAUCACCGCCAUGGAGAACGAUUAUUCGGUAUGUGUGCUGCAAUGGCGCAUCGU